GAUUUUAUUUGAAUAAGGUACAAAAUGUUCAGUUCAUUGCAUUUAGUAGAGUGUGUGGUAUAUUAUGCAUUAUUGCAAGUGUAUCUACCUUUAUAUUUGAUUGGUAUAUUUAUGAUUAAAUUGAAGAUAGUUGUAAACAAAAUAAAACGGUUCACAGGAAUUGGGUGUGUUAAACAUUCCAACAUGAUGCCACUAACUGAAGGGGGAAAGGUCGAGGACGUUGGUUGCAUUUCCACAGAUGAAGAAAUUGAUUUUUUGCGUCAUAGAAGUCCAUGUUAUGUUACAAGGAUGACAUUAGGUGUGGCCAAGCAACUUGCUAAACUUGUGACGGGACAACAAUCCAUUGAUCUAAUAUCAGAUGAGCAACUUAUUUACACAUUAUUUCAUACCGCUAUUGCUUAUGCCAUUAAGUGGAAUGAUGAGAAACAAAUGUUUUGCGUCAAUCUGUGUGAAUUUAAAGAUGUCAAAAUAUUUAAAGGAUUUUAUUGGGAUGUGCGUCGCAUAUAUGUCGACCUUGCAAAACAUAAGAUUUCUAUUGAAAUGGGAAAUGGUGGAAUUUUUCAUUCUGAUUCAGGAUCAUUGCAUCGACCGAACUAUGAACUUGCUAAACUUCAUGCUCAGAUAUGCCUCACGUACUAUGCACCAGGAUUUGCGCAUAAUUACGUUCACUUCGUUUUCCCAAGUGCUGUUUGUGUUUAUGCGAAGAAACAGCUCAACCAUGAAGGAGUAUUGUUCAAACUGCUUGCUCCACAUUUUCGAUUUGUUGAACGACUUAAUUAUCAGGCGCUCCGUAUUUGCCACGCCACCGAUAACAACCAAUCAGUGAUCGAUCGUUAUUUUUGUUUCUGGAAAUCUUUUCCUGUUAAUCGACGACAGUUUUCUUCUGGAAUUGAAACUAAAUUACAUGAUUAUUAUAUUGUAAAUGGAUCUAAGAGUUGUGCAAACACUAAUGAUCGUGAUCAUCAGUUGUUUCCACCAGAAUAUGUGACAGAAGAUACAAAGAUACCAUACUUUGAAUACUUGCGACAAUAUUAUCAAGUGAUUCGUUCAUUUGUUGAAGAGAUGGUUCCAUAUAUUGAUGAAUCCGAAUGGUUAUUAUUGUCCCAAUCCAUCCAAACACGUGUACCAAGGUUUAAUGCAGUGAAUAUGGUUGAUGGUAUCGCUACUUUCAUACAUCUGUCAUCAGUUGUUCAUUCAGCUGACCAUCAAUCUUACUUGGAUUUCUUUGCUCGAAAGUUUGGAUGUACCGCCAUCAGAUACCCGUUCCAUACGUUUGAUGAUCCACAAGAUUGGAAGAUGUAUGAGGAGCAAACAGGGAUCAGGAUAGAUGAGGUGAAAAGAGAUCCUCUUCUACUUGUUCAUCCUCUCGAUGUUAUGAGGACAAAUUGUUUUCUUGAUGUAUUCGUCGACUACAUUCCAUCGCCCACGUUCGAUUUAUCGAUGAUGAAACUAAAAUAUGAUUUCCAUGACAGCGGGCCCGAUAGCGCGGCAAGAAAUUUUAUUUCAAAUAUUCGGAGUUUGGAUGGAAAUCUCAAGCUCCAAAAAUCAACAGUUGUCGCAGAAAAUGUGAAAAACGUUGACAAAGCAACUGGAAUGCAGCUUGUAAAGCUUGAACAGUUGGUCCAAUCAAAUUGCUUCUAAACCAUGGUCUUCAAACUUGUGCACAGAUGUGUAGCAAAACUUUCACUAACCAACAAUAUUUUUUUUAAAUACUUCAGCAUGUGUUGUUGAAAUAUGGAUUUAUAAAAUGUUGCGUGACCUAGAGCAUCCAAUAUUUUUAUGACAUGAAAAGUUUAAACCUGUUUCAUAUGUUAUUUACUUCCUAAUUUUUAUAAAUCGUUUUUAAUUAUAAUAAAGGUUAUUUUUAUGGUAACUCUUCAUGUUUUAUUUUAAUUCAUUUACUGCAGUUUUUUUCAAUUACUUGACUGUAUUGUUCACACAAUUAAUACUUAGAUAAAUUUCUGCCUUCAUCACUUAGCACUUUCUACUCUAUGUGGGACAUGUACAAUGUAGUACAUUAUAUGACCUGGAAUUUUUGCCAGAGUUGGCUCAUUUUUUCGAUCACUUUGUACUGUUUAUGUUUUAAAUAUUAAUUUUAAACAUGGCUAUACUUUCUGUAAAAAGUUCCAUGCCAAUUCAAUAGCCUUAACCCUCAAUGAUAACCCAUUCAUAUUUUGUUGCUUUGAAUUCAUUUUAUAACAAAACACAUUUGUCUGGAUUUUCUAAUCAUGCACUUAAUACCUCAUUUAAUUUAAUUGUAAUAAACACUUAAGAUAUUUGUUAAAUUGUUCUUAAAUUUCGUUAAAUUAAAUUGCUUUUAUUAAUUAAAAAUGAGUGAAGUU